CUGUUCACUCAGUAUUAUGACAACCACGGGUGUGACUCUGGACUGCUGUGGAUAUGUAACCGCUGUUUGUUUCCAAACUUCUAUACGUCUCUUCUGCUGAACGACUCUUUUUCGGCAACAGUCUCCAACAGUUUUGGAAGUUUGUUUAGUCCCUCGUCACCAGGGCCACCUCUUCGCUCCUCAAGCCCUACUAUCCCUGCACCUCCGAGGAAGAAACCCGUGGAAAGAAAACUGAAAGUUGUCUCUCUCAAUUGCAACGGUUUAAAGGGCUUAACUAAAAGGGCUGAGUUCCACUCUUACAUCGAGCUGCACAAACCAGAUAUCAUACUGGGAUGUGAGUCAAAAGUUGACACUGAUAUUCCAACGUAUUCAAUCUUCCCAGAAAGCUAUGAUAUCUUCCGUAAGGACAGGUCAUCUUCUGAAGGAGGGGUAUUUAUUGCAGUUCGGAACGAUCUAUUGGCUGUGAAGGUAAGACGCCUUGGCGUUAAGGGCUUUGAGGUCGUCACAGUCUGUCUCUUGACAAAACAAAGAAACUCUAACUUUAACAGCUUUUAUCGCCCACCAACACCGCUGCUCUUUGGACCUGUUAGAUGACAUUCUCAGUAAGCUUUGCAACAUUCGAUCUGGUUACCCUCAUACUAUCCUGGGCAGCGACCUCAACUGCGGCGCUAUUGAUUGGUGUUCUGGUGACCUGUAUAGCGACAUUCCAGCGCAUGCCUGCGAUAAUGCCCUGUUAGAGAUUGCCUACAAGUUUGGCUUAAUCCAGCACGUAAAAUCUCCAACCCGUCCCGCUUCUGGGAGAACAUUAAAUCUUGUAUUUCCUACCACCAGCAACCUCAUCCAGGCAUGCCACGUCAACCUAGGCAUCUGCGACUACGACGCUAUCCUCUUUGAAGUUUAAGUGGCUCCAAAAAAACCUCCUGGGAGAGUAUAUCAAUUUCUUAAGGGGGAAUAUGAAGGCCUUCGUGCCCACCUGUCGUCCUCCAGCGAUUACUAUCUCGCAUCAGGUCCCGAAGAAAGGUCUGUUGAGGAUAACUUGUCCAUUAUCGCAUUAUUCCAUCCAAAAUGACAAAAUCAAAAGGCCAUUUCGCUUGGGUUAGUCCAGCUAUUAAAAGAUUGAUGAAAAAGCGUGACCGCUUUCAGAAAAAGACUAAAAGAACUGGCAAGGCCAAGCACAUAAGCGCCUAUAGACAGUUACGUAAUAGAACAACUAAGAUUAUUCGUGAAUCGCACGCGAAAUAUGUUGAGGAGGUCAUAGGCGAUAUCGCACCGUCUUCGGACGGCAGAACCAGUACUGGCAUUAAGUGGGCGUGGUAUUACAUUAAGCUCUUACGUUCUGAGUUUAUGGGUAUCCUAGCCCUUUUCUGUAACAAUCGCGUGUGAGCAAACGAUGUGUCAAAAGCCGAAGCCUUACGCCAACAAUACGAGAGUGUGCUUAUACGUGAGGAUUUAAAUAACAUUCCAAUACUCGCCGAAUCUCCGUACCAGGAUAUCCUGGACAUUAAGUUCUUAGCCCAUGGUUUUCAGUAGCUGCUUGAGUUCAUCAGACCUGACAAAGUAUGUGGGCCUGAUCAAAUUCCUGCUCGCGUUCUUAAGGAGUCUGCAUCCCAUUUGGCCCCUAUCCUCGCCUCUCUUUUCCAACAAAAUUUAAUGAGGGCAUUAUACUCUCUGCCUGGAAAGAUUCAAUAUCACUUCAAUCUUUAAAAAGGGGCAUUCUGCUGACUGUAAGAAUUAUAGACCUGUGUCAUUAACAUCUCUUAUUGCGCAAAGACCAUAGAACACAUUAGUUCUAAGCAAAUCUGUUGCCAAUUCAGUAAUCUCUUUUCACUAGCGUGGCUUUCAAAGAGGACUUUCGUGUGAGACCCAGUUAAUUACGGUCAUUCGUGAGUGGGCAAAGUCUUCUUAACAUCCAUGGCCAUGUCAAUGUGAUCUUAUUCGAUUUUGCGAAAGCCGUUGACACUGAGCCUCACGAAUGGCUCCCCCUUAAGGCCAAAAUUUACGGCAUAUAUCGGAAACUAAACAAUUGACUGCGGGCUUUUCUCACUGGUAGGAGAAAACUUUAGUGGUAAUGGUUCUUCGUCCAAUUGGUCACCUGUACAAUCCGGUGUCCCCCAGGGUGUCCCUGGUCCGCCAUGUAUGCGAGUACGGCUCCGUAGCCUAGAGUCCAUGUACACAAAAAGACAUUAUCUGUGUUGAAUCUGUUCAGUGUCGUGCGAUGCGCUUCGUUUGUAACGAUUACUGUCGUUCCAGCAGCAUUAAUAUAAUGUUAUCGAACUUGGGUUGGCAAGAUCUUGUCGGCAAAUCACCGAUUUGACAAUGUUUGUUUAAGAUAAAGACAAGAAAUGUACGGAUAUCUUUCCCAAACGACCCACGCUAGGUUCACUGUCCCUGUUUGACUCGAGCUAGUGCACAGCACCCAUUCCAGUUCCAGCGUUGCUCAUCUAUCAUUAACGCGCACAAGUAUUCUAUUUUCGUAAGAACUGUUUUCGCUUGGAACGCUUUGUCUCCUGCUUCCAUGUGUGGGGAUUCUGUUGCUGCGUUUCAUUCAAGUAUUGAAGAUUUUUUUUUUUCAUGUUACUUAUAAUUUCAUUUGUAUUUGUUUGUUUUUAUUUUGUCUAUUAUUUUCGCUGUCAAUGUCAUGAGCUUCCAUGUACUGACCGUCCAUUGACAGAUUAUCUCGCUAGAGGCAAUUAUGCCAAUUAAAAAUAAAGGUUAAAGGCUUUUUCAAUGAAAGAUUUCUUCGCUUGUCUUAAUUUUGUAUUCCUCAUGCCUCAGGCUUUUUUUUGUGAGUGAGCCUUGUUUCUUACUAAACCAAACUGACUUGUUUCCUGUUUUCCACGUCAGUUAUAAAACUGGAAAAACGAGUUUUUAAAGCUGUCACUCAAUGUUUGAGGGUCUUUAAAAUAACCAAAUAGAGAUAUUUUUUGAUAAAUUAACACUUAAAAUAUUCCUUUUUUCUUUAUUUAUUUGUUUUUAUUUUGUUUAUUUAUUUCGUUGUCAAUGUUACGAGCUUCCAUGUACUGACCGUCCAUUGACAGAUUACCUCGCUAGAGGCGAUUAUGCCAAUUAAAGAUAAAGUUUGAAGGCCUUUUCAAUGAAAGAUUUCUUCGCUUGUCUUAAUUUGGUAUUCCCCAUGCUUCAGGUUUUUUUUUGUGAGUGAGCCUUGUUUCUUACUAAACCAAACUGACUUGUUUCCUGUUUUCCACUGUCAGCUCUAAACUCCAAAAACGAGUUUUUAAAGCUGUCACCAAAUGUUUGAGGGUCUUUAAUUAAACAAAUAGACAUAUUUUUCUGAUAAAUUAACACUUAAAAUAUUACUUUUUUCUUUAAAGGAUAAAGAAAAAAGUGUCAUGAACGACAUCUUCGAGAUUCUAAAGACCAUUCGUAUUGGUGCAGCUGUUGCAACUUUCUUUUUCCACACUGGACGUAUUAUAAAAGCAAUAGACACUGUUAACGAAUGUUUAGUGUUCCUUAACGGCAAAGCCCUGGAGAAAGUCAAAGAACUUACCCUACCAAUUGUUAUCUAUGUAUACCAUAAACUUCUCGAUGGCUACACUCUUAUUUACGAUCACACCAGUGCGAUAGAAUGUGGUAAAAAACUUCACGUUGCACUACACAAAAGCGGCCAACAUGAAGAAGAAGGGAUAAUAUUACUUAAACUAGCGAACAUAUGCUAUGAAAGAAGCAAAUUCGAGGAAGCAAAACAGUUUUCCGAGAAGGCACUUCGCAUCAUGAUUGAGACUAGAAACACCCAUGGAAAGGGAGCAUGUUACGGAAAUCUAGGAGUUAUAUUUCAAUCUGUUGGUCAAUAUACUAAGGCUGAAGAAUACCUUCAAAAGUCACUGACGAUCAGUAAAGAAGUUCGUGAUAAAUCAGGACAAGCAUCAGGUUACGGAAAUCUAGGAACCGUGUUUCUUUCUGUUGGUCAAUAUACCAAGGCUGAAGAAUACCUUCAAAAGUCACUGACGAUCAGUAAAGAAGUCCGUGAUAAAGCAGGACAAGCAUCAGGUUACGGAAAUCUAGGAACCGUGUUUCUUUCUGUUGGUCAAUAUACCAAGGCUGAAGAAUACCUUCAAAAAGCACUGACUAUCACAAAAGAAAUCAGUGACAAAGCAGGGCAAGCAGUCUAUCACGGAAAUCUGGGAACUGUGUAUCAUUCUGUUGGUCAAUAUACCAAGGCUGAAGAAUACCUUCAAAAAGCACUGACGAUCAGGAAAGAAAUCGGUGACAAACUAGGAGAAGCAUCAGAUUACGGAAAUCUAGGAACCGUGUAUCGUUCUGUUGGUCAAUAUACCAAAGCUGAAGAGUACCUUCUGAAAGCACUGACGAUCAGGAAAAACAUCGGUGACAAAAGGGGAGAAGCAUCAGGUUACGGAAAUCUAGGAACCGUGUAUCGUUCUGUUGGUCAAUAUACCAAGGCUGAAGAAUACCUUCAAAAAGCACUGACGAUCAGGAAAGAAAUUGGUGACAAAAAAGGAGAAGCAUCAGAUUACGGAAAUCUAGGAAGUGUGUUUCAAUGUGUUGGUCAAUACACCAAUGCUGAAGAGUACCAUCAAAAAUCACUAACUCUCAAGGACGAAAUCGGUGAUAAAGAAGGAAAAGCAGCGUGCUACGAAAAUCUAGGAACUGUGUUUCACUCUGUUGGUCAAUAUACCAAGGCUGAAGAAUACCAUCAAAAAGCACUGACGAUCAGAAAAGAAAUUGGAAACAAAGGGGGUGUUGGAUCUUCAUACUUAAAGCUGGCAGAAGUUUAUCAAGAAUUUCAUCAAUAUGCGAAGAGUCAAGAAUUUGCGACAAAAGCACUUGAGAUAAGUUACGAAAUAGGGCACAUUGAAUUGCAGUUUGAAAGUCACCUUGCCAUUGUUUUGAACACUUUAGAGUCAGGAGGAAACAUAACUGAACUUGUGCUAAAUCUUUAUAAAAGCAUUCAAAGGUGUGAAGAAAUGCAUUAUUUUUUAAGACUGAAAGAGGAGUUCAAGAUUCCUUUUUUUGAUGAACGUGUGCCCGUGUACCGUCUUCUUUGUAGGCUGCUUAUUCUGACAGGCAGUUAUAAUGAAGCCCUUUACGUUGCCGAGCUUGCACGGUCAAGAACACUGGCAGAUAUCCUGUCAGAUAGGUACUCUGUGGAAAAAGAGGUAUCAGUCAACCCACAGUCGUGGAUUGGUAUUGAGAAUAUCAUGAACAAAAAUGUCCUUAGUUCCUGUCUAUACGUUUCUUUUUUCAGCAAUAACAUGUAUUUUUGGAUCCUUAAACCAAACAAAACCAUAGUUUUUCGACAAACGAAACUCAAAGAAAGCGAAGAUAAAGUGUUUGAAAAUCAAACAUUUGAUGGCUGUCUUGAUAUACGUCAGGACCAAUGUGAAGAUCGAUCAUUGUUUUCAUUUGUAAAGUCCCCGUCAUCAAGCAAACCAUCUCAGAGUGACAGUUUCAUAUCUUCGCGUCUUAUAGAAGAAGAAGACGACGAAACGCAGGAAAAUGGGCCACCAACCCUGGCUGAUGGUCACAACAUGAUCAUCGCGCCUGUAGCUGACUUGCUCCAGGAACCAGAAAUCAUUAUCGUACCGGAUCGCUUGAUGUACGCAAUUCCUUUUGCAGCUUUAAUGGAUGAUAAUGGAACGUAUUUAUCGGAUACUUCCAGGAUUCGCAUUGUUCCUUCCUUGACGACUCUAAAGUUGAUUCAGGACUGUCCAGCACACUACCAUAGUAAAACCGGUGCGCUGAUCGUAGGAGAGCCAGAAGUUAGUAACGUGUACUAUCAAGGAAAAUCUAGAAAUUUAGGUCCAUUGCCUUGGGCGAGAAAGGAAGCAGAGAUUAUUGGGCGAUUGCUCGGUGUUCAACCGUUGCUUGGAAAGGAUGCAACUAAGAAGAAAGUCCUGGAAAGCAUGCAUUCAGUAAGUCUUGUUCACUUCGCUGCUCAUGGUUAUGCCGAGCGUGGAGAAAUAGCUCUUUCCCCUAUAAGCUCCUGCGGAACUCCACGCGAAGAAGACUACUUAUUGACGAUGGCUGAAAUUUCACAAGUUCGACUAACAGCCAAGCUGGUUGUCCUUAGCUGCUGUCAUAGUGCAAGUGGUCAGAUAAGGGCUGAGGGAGUUAUUGGAAUCGCUAGAGCAUUUCUAGCAUCGGGUACACGCGCCGUGCUGGCGGCACUGUGGGCUGUAGAGGAUGAGGCUACCAUGUGGUUUAUGAAUCGUUUUUACGAGCACCUUGUUCGUGGUGAAAGUGCCAGUGAAUGUCUUCAUCAGGCCAUGAAGUCGAUGAGAGAGAAUCACUUUUCUGACGUCAAGCAGUGGGCGCCAUUUAUGCUGAUUGGAGAUGAUGUGGCUUUCAGAGGUUUGUAUUUGAUAUAAUUUUUUGUAGCAAUUUUUUCGAUAAAAUAUGUGAAAUUAACCUUCGUAUUUUUUGAAAUAUAUAUUAUUAAUGGUUUGAGUUAUACUGAGUUGCGUUAGUUUCUUUAUUUAUUGUAUUUUUAAACCGUGUUGUUGGAAGUGAGGCAACCGAAGAGAAGACUGAAUUUCAUUUUCCGAUUUCUAUAGGCUAGAAUAUUUUGUAAAGCGUGGUCGAAUCUCAUUCUAAAGUGAUAAAAAGCUAAAAUGAAAAUGUAGAGAACGACAGAUGGAAUUCCAAAGAGGAUAAGAAAACAAUUUAAGUCAUUGAUAAGAGAAGUAAGUGACAAACAAACUUUUACUAAAGGGUGCACCUGAUGAAAAAAAAUCGUAGGUUUUCCAGGCUCCGAGAUAGUCGGGUUGGCGAAAUUGAGAAAGAACACGAAAAUAAAACGCCACCGCCCCGUUUGCUCAAAAUUCAUGCGCUCAUAUUUUGCACACCUUUCACCGCGUCAUCCCUACUAUCUGAGAGCUUAGAACAGGAUAUAAAAAACGCUGCAUGUAUUUUUUAGUGCUAAAACACAUUCAUCCUAAGGGAACCAGAACCAGCUCCGAGGGUAUCAGUACUAAUUACAGGUCGGCGAGAGUUGAAAAGCAGACGGGAAGAUUCCUUGGGCACCUAAUGUUGCGCAAGCAGUUGCAGGAGCAUUUGAUUUUGCAACUUUUAUUUUUAUAUACAAAUAUUACAUUUUUUAUGGCAAAUGAGCUAAGGGCAACUCCCUGUUCUUAAUCGGGGGAUUUUUGUCAUCAAUCGUCUCUUUUAUGAUGCUCGUUCCGCGGAGAAGUCACAAGAUGUAAUAUACCCCAAGAGAAAAUCUCAUUCGAUUCGGUUUUACAGUACGUUUCGCCUUAUUUCUCUUCGUAGUCGCGAUUUUGUACUAGGCCCAUUGCACAGGCUGCUCGGGCUGCAAUGGAUGGCAUGGUUGGCUUGAUAUCAAUCUCCGGCUUUAAGAUAUAAUCUGAUCAGUAUACAAACAGCAAACCGUAGGAAAGUAAAAUAAACUAAAAUAUUCUCACUGCAUAUCUAAUUGACCAGUGACGAGAGAAUUGAGUAAUUCCUCUAAAUUCCAUCGUGUUGAGCCUGCGCGCUGGUUGCAUGAUGCAUUGCGUCCGUUGGUCAGAAUUGCUUGGUUUUUGCCCGCCUCUUGGCUAGUUCGAUGGGGUUCAGUGGAAAUUACUUAGAAGUUUCGCCCCUUCCACGUCCCCAGUGGGUGUGCAGUGCGAAUAUCAUACGAAUCGCAUUUAAGCUGAAAGUGACACAAUACGACUCUACUGAAUGUUUACCAUAUAAAUGAUUCCCUCAAAGUGUAAAGGUUUUGCUAUUUGUUUGACUUUGAAAAAAUCUGUGUAAGAGAUAUUUAGGCAAAACAUUUAGCGCAACGAGCAACUGAAGCAUGUUGAUCGAUGGCUAAAAUAAGUCGUGCAAAGAAUACAUACGAAAGGGAACCGUCAUGAUUAGUUUUUUUAUUUGCAGGUGCAUUUGGUAAGAGCAGUUCGAAAGAUGGCGAAGGAGCAACGGAAGCAAAGAACUGAGAGGAAACAAGUCGUUUAAGUUGACAACUACUGUCACAGCUAUAGAAAACCUAUACCUAGGAUCUCAACGAAGUAGUCUUGUCGGAGACCGCUUCGUGAACAGGUGAUAAUUGUACAUUUUAGCGCAGGCGCCAUAUUGAUACGUUGCAGGGGAAGUUGAAGCAUGGGCUUAGCGUGCAGCACAAGGAGAAGGGGGGAGGGGUAGACAGGACCAGUUAGUCGUCCUCAUAGUGGAGACGUCAAAGUUGUAUAGACCUUCUGAACCCAUGUCUAAUAUAUCAGGGGUUUUUUUCGUUCUAAGUGACCUCUGUUACUUGCCUAUCCUGCGCUUCACGUUCGCUUCAAAAGAGCACAAUUACUUACAUGUCUUACAAGAACAUCAGUAUUACUUUAGUUUGAAGACUUUGUAAUUAAUGUGCUGAUCUCAACGAACAUGGUGAAAUACCAAAUAUAUAUCUAACCUAGGAAAAGAGAGGCAAGUGUUCUCUGGAAUAUAGUGCCCUUUGCCUGGGCACAUUGAAAACACUUUUGGGGCUCAGUAUCCAGAGUGCUUCUCUCGCAGUUUUAUUUUCCUGAAAAUUUUAUAUCAUGCAAUUUAACGUAUUACGAAAGUGAGAAUUUUUGUGAUUCCUCUCAUCUCACAUUUUUGAAUCCGAAAAUUUUAGGUUUCCUUUUCUCCACGAAAAAUAGCCUAACCUAGGGAGUGAAAUGUGAAAAAUUAAANUCAUACAUUUUAAAGCAGGCGCCAUAUUGAUACGUUGCAGGGGAAGGUGAAGCAUGGGCUUAGCGCGCAGCACAAGGAGAAGGGGGGAGGGGUAGGCAGGACCAGUUAGUCGUCCUCAUAGUGGAGACGUCAAAGUUGUAUAGACCUUCUGAACCCAUGUCUAAUAUAUCAGGGGUUUUUUUCGUUCUAAGUGACCUCUGUUACUUGCCUAUCCUGCGCUUCACGUUCACUUCAAAAGAGCACAAUUACUUACAUGCCUUACAAGAACAUCAGUAUUACUUUAGUUUGAAGACUUUGUAAUUAAUGUGCUGAUCUCAACGAACAUGGUGAAAUACCAAAUAUAUAUCUAAGCUAGGAAAAGAGAGGCAAGUGUUCUCUGGAAUAUGGUGCCCUUUGCCUGGGGCACAUUGAAAACACUUUUGGGGCUCAGUAUCCAGAGUGCUUCUCUCGCAGUUUUAUUUUCCUGAAAAUUUUAUAUCAUGAAUUUAACGUAUUACGAAAGUGAGAAUUUUUGUGAUUCCUCUCAUCUCACAUUUUUGAAUCCGAAAAUUUUAGGUUUCCUUUUCUCCACGAAAAAUAGCCUAACCUAGGGAGUGAAAUGUGAAAAAUUAAACUUCAAAAAUCGUGGAGAAUUUAUUAGGUAAGCUUCGAAAAUUGUACAAGAAUGGAAUUUUUAGCUGUCCUCAAAUAAUAUAAAACUCUAGGCAAUAUUUGCUUCUCUGGACAGUUGUUUUACAGAAACCCGUCGUUGGUUUCUCCUCGUUUGCGUCAAUACGAUACUUAGGGUGUUGGUUUUACUUGCCUAACAUCAUUCACUACCACAAAAUGUUUCAUUGAUCACUGUAGUGACAGUGUUUAGCGGAAAGAUCUAAAAACUUUUCUAGGCUUAAAAGGCCACUUUCGAUAUAUUAAAUUCAGCAUGAUGGCGAGUCUUAGAGGACACUAACAAAGGAAAUGAAUAAACAUAUUUAUUCGUUUUCUUUGUUUGUGUCCUCAAAGACUAGCGAAAUUACUGAAUUUUAAUAUGUCGAGAGUGUCCUAUUAGAAGACCCCCUCCCCCUUCCCCAUUAGUCACUGAUAAGACUUAGCAACUCAGGCGAUGUACAAAAUUGUAUAUUCUCCCCUUUUCAAUUGAGCGUUUUCCAAUCCUCAGCCUUGUACUGUCAUAACUUCUGAUCUUUUUGGUUUUUUUUUCAAACGUAAACUGACAGCAUUGAGUGGGUGGGUGCUCACUAGAAGUUAGAAGUACGGUGCUAUAUUCUUAGUUGGUCCUCUUGCAGCAUUAUGAAUGUGGUUUAUGAAACGGACUUGAGGUCUUUAGAAGGUCAGCAAAUUGUAAACUGUUUCCAGGUUUGUCAUUCUAGUUUUCUUAGAAAUGAGCCUACCUAUCAAUCAUUACGGCGUCCUUGUGUAAUUUGUUAGCUCAUUUUCAUUAGUCAGAAUUUUACGCCUCUGAUUAGAGCCGCUUCAGUUAUAUAUAGGGUAGGUUAGCUGCUUUCUGAGCUACAGCACUCAUCAAGUAACUUUGUUUAAGAGAAGAAGCAACUUAGUGAACAGGAUUAGGUUUUUUUUUCAAUAGUGCAGAAAAAUCUGUUAGAAGGCGAUUUAGAUUUAAACCCUUUUCAAUAUUGUACUUAAGAACUUCCACCGGUUGGAUGCCCUUACUACCUUUGAGGUACGAAAGACCGUCUCUUGCCGAACCUGCCAUCCUCUCUGUGUUCAUAAAAAUGACAAUGUCCUUUCUGGUUACAGAUUCAGUGAUAAAAGUGUAAACGAUUAUUAUAAUAUAUGAAAAGUAGCAAAAGUCUACCAUAAUUUUGAAUACAAACAUCAGUCUAGUUGUAUGGCAUAUCUCUCCACGAGUUUCUCAUAGAUGUUCUGGAAGAUCAUAGGUGCAAAUCCUGUUGGAAUCCUCAGAACUGCUUGUUUCUUAGUUUUUCAUUAUCAUAGCAUCACUUGAAAUAAAUAAUGUGGCUGAAAAGUUACUAAUCUACUUUUUAGCAGGAAGCAAACUUUUUAUUCCGUAUUUGUUGGGCUGAUGCUUUUGUAUAAUAUUUCAGUUUUACACGAAGGAUUUUUCACUUUAAUCAUUUGUAAAUAAAGUUCGAUUAUCUUAACUUCCCCAAUCUAUUGGUGUGUUGCGUCAAGUAAAAAAAAACUUAGAUAUGAACAUAAGAAUUCUCUGUUAUCAUUAAAAAACUCAUUUUUCCUUUACUGAGGACUGAUUCUGCACUUGGCCUCGCUUUAAAGGCGAGGGUUUUUGGAAGUUGGAAAAAGCCUGUGGCGUGUUAUUCAUGCUUGCGCACUACAAAGGCGCCUGUUGGAACGUCUAAGGAAGACUGAAACAACCACAAGGGCGUUUAAAAAAAGUUAUCAAUUUGUUUCAAAUUAGACUUUUCCCAUGUAAAAUAGUCAAAUUUAUCUAAUUCUGCACGAAAGAGGUUUGUUAAGUGGAAAAUAAAGCAGUUCCCGUGUUUAUGUUAAAGAAGGCUUCACGCCAUCCAUGAGUGUCCAUGUGAUGUGUUCAAUGUUACACAUUGUCCGUUAACUACACCAGCUAAAGUAUCCUGUUAUGCUGUCGGUGAUAAGCGAAGUGACUAAAUUGAUUCUAUAGGAAAAUUCAUUACCUGACGAGGGAAUUCCACGUUAAAUUGCACGCGAAAACCGAUAUUUCGCGUGAAAUCGGUUUUCAAGUGCAAUUUAACGUGGAAUUCACGAGUCAGGUAAUGGAUUUUCCUUGAAUCGCAUAAUCGAAUAAAAAUCAGAAAAAAAAGAAAACAGCGGUAAUAUUGUUUGUUUUUAUCUUGAGCGCGCGCUCCAGAAAGCAAUUUCAAAGUCAACUGUCAGAACUGUCAUUGUGUUAGCGAAUAGGAAGCAAGGUCAGUCGUACAUGUUUGAUCCUUCGACAACUUUUUUGUACCUUGUGCUUGUUUUUACAUUUGUUUUCAAACUUUUUUUACGUGUAAACAAGCUUCACACUAAUCGUAAGGAUAAAUAGAGGUAUUUCACUGAAUUUACAAGCCGUUUAUCUAUAACAUCUUUUUUCAAACUGGUCAUUUGCUCGCGAAGGAACAUAAUUUACACCUUUUACCUCUUCGGUGGCAAAACUGAAAGAAAUGAAGUGUCCAAGCGAAAGCAAUGAAAGUUUAACGUUUAACGUUCAAUCCGUUCGCUCUAACUGUCGGUUCACAGUUAGAGGACCUAACAAAGCUAUUACAUGAACAAUUCGGCGUAACCGUGGUUUGCGUGUGCCAAACUAUACUAAGAGAGAACGCGCACUUAAACGUACGCAUUCGCACGUUGACGGAUUAUUUACGCGUUGUCCUACAGCCCCUUCCAUUUGCAUUUUACUGGAGACACAGGGGAUUUUGGAGGACAACACAGUCAUUCUUAUUGCACGAUGGAGUUCAUCUGAACCAACGUGGACAGUUUAAACUUUAUCGCAGUUUGAGGGGGGCUUUGAUCCAAUCACUUAAAGUGUUUAAUGAUGUACAAAGUUAGAGUCUUAGAUCUGUACUAUAGCUCAUUAUUUCCUCUUUAUUGGACAUACUGCCAAGUUAAAUAUUCUUUUUGCGUUGGUACUUGGUAGUGUAAUUCGCCAUUGUACUCACAACGUAUUGUUUGUCCUUGAGCCUUGUUUGGCCGGUCACGGUCGAUUUUAUGCUUUGUCUCCAAAUGAGUGGGCCGCCUGUGUUGCGUGCCAUAGCACUCGGAGUCCCAAGCUAUUUGUAUGUAUUUGAGGAUACGAGCGUACGAUCUAAUGACAAUUCUUAAUUUUAAUACCGCAUUUAUUUGACCUGUGGCAGUUAUUGCGAUACAACUACAGAUUACGAGUUACACGAGAACAUUAAUACGUUUGGAUAAAUUAACACUCUCUAUUCUUUACAAGUAUGCCUCCACGAAGUAAGCGUCCGAGACGUUCUGGCCCUUCUGCCUCUACAGUAAACAGCAUGGCAACCAGUACCGCUAGCACGUCGAGCAGCUUGUCAAAUAGUACCUCUAAUCAACAAGACGGCACGAUGCAAGUACAUGUUACAGCGCUGUCCAGUGCCCUUUCUCUGGCUGUCCAAAAGGCCGUCCAGGACGCGCUACGACCACCACCGUCAGUAACAACGUCAACUAACGCAGCAUCAACGUCGACCGUGGUGUCCGCCCACGUGCCUACUACAGCCUCGAUAGUCCAGGAUUCUGUUGUGCAAGCGACGCAAGCUAUUGCCGGGACUUCUGGAGGUAAUAUUGUAUCACCUAACGUGCAGAGUAUGCCAACCACACCCCUUUUUUCAAGCGUCGCCAUCCCCCUUGGAAGUGCAGUUAGCGACAAAAUAAAAUCCAAAAUUUGGGCUAACGAAUUUGUACACCUUGGAGCAAUGCUCCAAACCGCGGUUCCACAAGAGCGUUUUGCUCUUGGGCUUUCGGCUACAGGCAAUGGCAAUAAGCCGCAGAUUACAUUAGAGCCAGCUAGCGCCCCACGUAAAUUGAAUAGUAUUCAGCAGUGGGUCACGGCGUUCCACACGUUUAUGGCCAUUUAUUGCCAGAAGUUCGCGGGGGACACGGCCGCUUUGCUAAAAUAUUGUGAGACCGUUCGUGCCAUUGCAAACAAAAACGGAAACUGGGCUUACUAUGAUGAGCAAUUUAGAUAUUUGCGCCAGUCCGCCCCCGAUAGGUACCCUUGGGAGGAAGUCCAGUGAGAGUUAUGGCUCGAAGCCACUUCAGUUAACUUGCCUUUUCGUCCCCAGAGAGGUAACUUUCCCGCCGGGCGAGUCGGAAAAUCACGACAAAUCCCUCUCGUUAAAGGAACAUGCUUUAACUUUAAUAACGGGAGGUUCUGUUCCGGAUGUUCCUUUACCCACAUCUGCUCCCGAUGUGGAGGUAAGCACGCAGCCAGAAAUUGUUCAGAGGGAGGGGAGCCACCAACCUCGAGCAUUAAGCCUAGUGGAACAACAGCGGCUAGCGCGUCUACUAGAGAGCAAUCCAGUCAGCCCCGUAAGAAUUGACCGUCUCAAUUCAGUUAAGCGUGAUUACGACCCCUUAUUAAAAAACUUUUUGAUACAAGGCUUCUCAUAAGGGUUUCAUAUUCAUUACUCUAAUUUAAGAUCAAGCUUCGAAUCUCCAAAUUUGCUUAGUGCCAACGAUCAACCAAACAUCGUAACGGAUUUGUAGUUUAGUUCAAAACAAGGAAGAACCCCCGGAUCACUUUAAAAAACGCUUUUUUUUGUUUUUAACUCUUCAAAAGGUGACAAUGAUUUUGAAAACAUUUUUAAAAUGACACUGUAGAAAACCUUUUUUGCUGUGGUUGUGUUACGUAGAUGCAAAACAAUAUCGCUUAGCCUCGUUCAAACUAAAAACCUCGCUUUGUUAACCAAUCAGAAUGCGAGAUUUUACUCAAUUAUGCGAUUCAAGGAUUAAUUGUUGUUUUAGGGUCCACAGCCGUGCGCCUUUUGCUGGUCUUUCUCAUCUUUCUCACCCUCAUCACAAAAGAAACAAAGGAAACAAACAAUAGAGUUCUUCUGGCUGCUUCAUUGUUUGGUUGUAUUGUUUCUUUCGUUGUACGUAACCUGUGCCUCAGUACUUGCAGAAGGAACCGUUUUUAGAGGUGAUACCCUUAUCCCUAUAACCCUUUGUCUCACGUCCGUAUUGCAGAGAAAACCACGACUCUGUCCGUAUUUUAUCAUCAUAAUGCUUGCACAGUACGACAAGAUCCGAUAGCUCCUAAGUGUCGGUAGUCCAAGCCAAUUCUACUCCGAUCGAGACUUGGUGAAUAUCAGUGACAUGGUGGACAUGGCGUUUUUGUUUCUCGGAAAUCAGGGAAAUUCCGGGAUUGCUUCAAUUUCAGUUUUAUCACACUAGUUAAGAGACACGAAAGACUUUGAGGUUAGAAGUUUAGUUUAUGCUGCUUUCAGUCGUCAUUGACUCACCAGAAACAUAACGAGUACAUAACUUGAGAGAGCAGGAAAAAUACUUAAAGCACUGAGCGCUACAGACUUGAGGUAGGUAUUUUCAUUCAGCCAUCUUUUCUGUGUGGCUUACGUUACUUGUUCAGGGACGAGCUCGCAUACAAUUAUUUUACAAAUGAUAUGAGCUAAUAGAUUAAUUGCUGGUGUAAACAGUUAAGAAGUCAUUACCAGCGAGAACGAUAACACUCUUUUGUAAUUUGAAAUUCAUGAAAAGUUCAAGAUUGUUUUCACGCUUCAUAAGACACCAGUCUAGAGGUACGACAGGCUUUGAUUCAGGAGUUACCAUGGAGUUACCAUUUGAACACCAGAGAGAUCUAUUGAGACAUUGUAAGAGAAUUUCAUUUCCUUGUGUGAUUCGUGUUUGGGCAGAACUAUUCGAUCCGAUCAUAGCUAUGUGUCGGUAAUCCAAGCCAAUUGGGGCUGCGACAAGAUUUUGUGAAUGACACCCAGCUAUCAGUGACAUCUUUGUAGAGAAAGCGAUUUUGUCUCUCCCAAUUUAGGGAAAGUCCCGGACUUUUUUGAAUAAUAUGUCACAAACAAACUUAAUUUUAGUUUUUUAACAAUGGAUGUAUGAGAGGAUGGUAGUUCUUUUUACUUUCUUGAAAAGCGAAACGGUAUGAACUUUCGUUCGUUUUGCGUCCUUAAAAUUAGCGAAAUGACUCUUUUCCAACCAAAGUUUUUGCUAAGAUUGUUUUGACUAGUUUGAGACAAAUAAUGUUGACCCGCCUAAUUUAAACUGGCUAACUUGGUUUUCAGUGAGGUGGAUACAAUCUUCAAAACAUCAUUUAUAAAAGAAACCAGCCGAGUAAAGUAAUAAUACUGCUAAGCUGCAUGUUGAUAUGUCCUCAUUCAUAUCUGUCAGUGGAUCAUGCAGUUUUUUUUAAAUACCUAGGUAUCGUUCAGGAGAGAUAUCAGAAAGAAAAAGAGAAUUUUUUAUGCAGAUACCUACAGUUUUAAAACCCGGAACUUGGAGAAACCGUCGGUAGAUUAUAUUAUACAGAUAUAUGUUGCAGAUGCUAAUAGAAUGACUCGUUUUAAACUAUUCGGUAGUCGGUUCCUUAUCUCCGCCCCCCCCCCCCCAUCCCCGAAUGGACACAUUAUAUAAGGUAUUAAUAUUAGACAUUUUGGAAUCGGUUCUAACUAUUCGGCAUCCGGGUUUGAAUUUGUUUUGAUAAAAGCUUUUGUUUCUUGGACUGCAGGGAAAGUCCCCAAUUAGCGGCUUCGAGGUAAGCCAUAAAGUUAAGUAAGUUUGGUUAAUAAAAAAUAAACUCAUCUUAGUUUGCCUUUUUCUAUUUCAUACAGUAAAAACCCGCAUAAAAGAACACCCAUUUUCGGGGUUCAAGCUGAUUGGGUUCUUAUAUAUCGGGUAUUUUAGGUGAAAUCAACCUGAAAGUGUUCUUAAGUGUUCUUAAUUUUUUACUUCUAAAAAAAUGUAAGGGAUUUAAUAACUAUGAUGAAAUACAUAACUUUGAGAGAAAAUUAAACUUGAGACACACAACAUCAUAGUGCAAUACCACAGUAAAGCUACAGACACUGUUCUAUUAAACUGAAAAGGGAAUAUUUUUUACAUAUAAGAACAAUUUUCAAUUUUCAGGCUGAAUGUGUUCUUAUAUAUAUGCUCCUUUUUUUUUUUUACCAAAUUUCAGCCUGGGUGUUCUUAAUCCACAUGUUCUUGUAUGCGGGUUUUUACUGUAAAUCUUACUUGAGAUUUUAAUUUUCGCACUAAGUUUCCUAGAUUGCUAGUUUGUAUAAGAGACUCAUAAAACUCGACCUCGAUUGGCAGGGACCGUUUGUCGUGUGAUUUCAAAAGUUCGAAGCAACUGGGCUGGUAAGAAAAAAACCUCACGUCUAUUUCAUGCAUGUUAUAAUUAAUAGACCACAUUCGAUAUAUCAAAAUUCUAACAGAGUCCGAGGGUUUGGGGUCAAAAUUGCAAAUUUUGCACGACUCCAUUGUUUCGCAAUUCCCAGAAGAGACUAAAGCACAAAGAGUCAUGUAAGAAUUUUAAUACGUCGAACGUGAGUUACUGAACAGAGUAUUCCUCUCUUGGUAUCAUUACCAUACGAGGCUUUGAUUUCUGAUUUUUAAAUGCGGGAGUCCUAAUUAAAAGCUUUAUGGUACUUCACUGUACUUAUAGAGAUAAAUUUCCUGGUUAGCUCCUGGUAGUGUAGCAUACAUAUUAUUUCACAAACAUGAAUCAUUUCCAUUUUUUUUCUAAUGUUUGUAUUGGAGCAUGUUAAUUGUCUUCACUUUCUUGGAAAGCAAAACAGUUCCAAACGUCAUUCGUUUUGCAUGGUUUGUAUUGGUGUAAUUAGGUUUUCAGAGCUGAAGUGUUACAAUACAUCUUGGCACCGCAACAUUCAAUUGCUGAGUUCGUUUAUCUUUCAGAGCGAAACAGCCGUUGAAGGUUUCAUAGCCAGUCAGGCGCCACAAACAAGGAAGGUGAGUAGUUUGACUUCCCCUUAAUACCAAGAAAAAUUCCUCAUAUUCACUUGCGGUAACUAAAUCCCCUAGAUUUCUAUUUUCAUGCGUGCUCUCAACUAUCUUAAAAGAGAUUUCAGAUUCAGACCAGUAACAAAUUUUUAAAUUCAUAACUGGCUCAGAGGUUGAGGAGAGCAAAAGGAAAUAUGUCGCAUCUAGAUUCAAUGAUGGACAAUUCAAAUAUGAAUUUUCAUAACUGGAAACUGCCUGUUAAGGGAAAAUCCCGGGUUUUUAAGCCGUAGCACAGUAGUCGCGAAGGCGCAACAGAAUAGGUUAGGUAGUAAAGGAAAGCCUGUUUGGUAAAUUUGGAGCUACCCUAAAAACUAUGUUUGUCUAUACUUUCAUUAUAGGAUUUUAGUGGACGUUUUUCAUAA